GGAGAUAAGGGAGAGCGCGGAGACCCCGCUGAGGGAACCAGAGGUAGACCCGGAAGACCCGGUGCUGAUGGAUAUGAAGGACUUCGAGGAGACAGAGGAGAGCCGGGAGAUGGAGGUCUUCCCGGACUCUAUGGGCUUAAGGGUGACAAAGGAAAUGAAGGAAUUCAUGGUUUAACGGGUAUACCUGGAAAACAGGGACUAUCGGGACAGCCCGGCCGACCCGGACACGACGGAUUGCCUGGUUUUCCGGGCGUUAAGGGAGACAGAAGUGAACCAAAUUUGGAAGGAGUGAGGGGUCAAAGAGGGACACCGGGAAGACCGGGAAUUCCUGGAUUACCAGGAAUCAAAGGAGACGAUGGGUUCGCCGGUUGGCCGGGAAGAGAUGGUCUCCCGGGACCUAAAGGACCGCCCGGUGUGUCUGGUAUUCAAGGUUUGCCGGGUUUGAGCGGUCGGUCCAGUGCUAAGGGCGCUAAAGGAGAGCGCGGAGAUCAAGGCUUAAGAGGAAUCGAUGGCUAUGAGGGUUCGCCAGGUCUGGUAGGACUUCCCGGAUCUAAGGGACAAAUGGGAGAAAUAGGAAUUGCAUUAUUAGCACAACCCGGUUAUGACGGAGAACUGGGACAAAAAGGCAAUCCCGGUCUCCCCGGCCUUCCGGGUCUGAAAGGCCUGAUGGGAGAGAUGGGAAUACCAGGACUUUCGGGUGAAACGGGCGAAAGUGGUGACAAUGGUUUGCACGGAAUCAAUGGAUUGGACGGUCGGCCCGGGUUUAGAGGAGAUAAUGGAUUGACUGGUUUACCCGGUAUUACAUUUGACUGGAAAGAUGUUUGCAAUCAU